UGUUGCACGUGAAGGAGGGAAACGUACGGCCAGUCAUCUGUAAUGGUGUCGGGUUAAUUGUUACCUGCUCAGAUGCCAACAGGAAUGUGUGUUUGUUAUCUCUGCUGUUAUUGCCUGGAGAUUCAAAUCUGAGUUUGGCAUGCGAAGAGAAGCCCAUAUACAGUCUGACUGCACAAAAUUAAAACUGGACCGUUGAUCCUGUGAACGAUGGAUGAAGAUCUGAAAAAGCCGAGCCCUCACAAUGGGAGCGUUUCGGGGGCUUUGGACGACAAAAAGCAAGAUCAGCCAAAAGCAGCAGCUCUGCAGAAGAAUGUGGGUCUCGUGAGCGGCAUCUGUCUGAUAGUGGGAACAAUGAUCGGCUCAGGCAUCUUCAUUUCUCCCAAAGCGGUUCUGGAGGGGACUGGAGCAGUGGGUCCUUGUCUGUGUGUGUGGGCGGCGUGUGGAGUGCUUGCUACGAUGGGGGCCCUCUGCUAUGCUGAACUAGGCACAAUGAUCCCGAAGUCUGGUGGAGAGUAUCCAUACCUGAUGGAUGGUUUUGGGCCAGUGUUGGCAUACCUAUAUUCCUGGACCACAAUCAUUGUGUUAAAGCCUUCGUCAUUUGCCAUCAUCGCCCUGAGUUGUGCCGAAUACGCCUCCACGCCAUUUUACCCAGGAUGCACCCCUCCUCAAGUGGUCACCAAGUGCCUGGCAGCAGCUUGUAUCUUGAUAAUUACGCUCAUCAACUGUCUGAGUGUGAAACUGGCCUACAGAGUGCAGAACUUCUUCACAGCAGCCAAACUCUUGAUUAUUGUCGUCAUCAUAGUUUCAGGCAUCGUUCUGCUGGCUCAAGGCAAUACGCAGAAUCUUAGAGACCCAUUUGCAGGUGCAACAACAUCCUUUGGAGCAAUUGGCCUUGCAUUUUACAACGGACUAUGGGCUUAUGAUGGAUGGAAUCAGCUCAACUUCAUAACAGAAGAGCUGAAAAAUCCAUACAGAAACCUUCCCCUGGCAAUAAUUAUUGGGAUUCCUCUGGUAACUGUGUGCUAUAUAUUUGUCAACGUUGCAUAUUUCAGUGUCAUGACGCCCACUGAACUUCUACAGUCUCCUGCUGUUGCUGUGACCUUUGGUGAUAGAGUGCUGUACCCAUUGUCAUGGAUUGUUCCUUUAUUUGUGGUCUUUUCCACUUUUGGUGCAGCUAAUGGGAGCUGUUUCACCGCAGGCAGGUUGACAUAUGUAGCAGGACGGGAGGGCCACAUGGUUAGAAUCAUGUCGUUCAUCAGUGUGACACGUUACACACCUUCUCCAGCUCUAAUAUUUAAUGGCAUCCUGUCAAUCAUCUACAUCAUGCCAGCAGACAUAAACACUCUCAUCAAUUACUUCAGUUUUGCUCAGUGGGUUUUCUACGGACUCACGUGUCUUGCACUCAUUGUUAUGCGAUUCACUAGGAAGGAGCUUAAGAGACCUGUCAAGGUGCCGAUAAUCAUUCCUGUUGUGGUGGUGAUUGUGUCCUGUUAUCUGGUUCUUGCUCCGAUCAUAGACCAGCCUGAGUGGGAGUACCUGUACUGCUCACUGUUCAUAGUCGGUGGUCUUCUCUUAUAUGUACCCUUAAUUUACUACAAAUUCAGCUGGACUCGUCGCAUCAUGAGGCCACUCACCAUGCAUCUUCAGCUGUUCAUGCAAGUCGUUCCACCUGAAAAGAUUGAGUGACAGAUGUCACACUGGAGGACAGACACAGAUGCAGUAACCAGCAAUGGACAACAGAGUGAUCCAUGGAAAUGUGCAUAAAGGAUCCUUAAAGGGAACAUGGCUGCAUAUGGACAGUUUUUCAUUAUUUGAAUAUUAUUUCUAAUGUCUGACCAUCAUUGUUUUACAUACAGUGUAUGACAAGUCUUUCCCGGGUCACAGGGAUGUGUUUUUACUUUACAGAAUAACACAACACUUCCGUGAACAUCUGUAAAUUCCUCAAUACUUCCAACUGAUCUAACUUAUAAUUAAGUGUUGUUAUAUGCAAGUUUGUUGUACAGAAUGGCAAUGAUAUUUUUCCAAGUUUAUUGAACUCAAAUUUAUGAAUUGUAAAGAAAUUAACUAUCCAGGGUAAAAUUAUUUUUCUAUGAAUGCUAAACUGAUGUUUUCAAACAAUGCAUGGACAACCCAGUGUAUGAACUGACUGAAAAUCACAGGAGAUUAGGAAGUGUAUUAAUUGUACAUGUUUAAGUAGCCUAUUAUAGAAUUACUUGUAAAAAAAAAAAGCGCAGAUGGGUCUAAAUAAUAAA